GCUUGAAAAAGUAGGAGUAGGAAAUUUCAAAAGCAAGCUAUGAUUAAUAAAUGUUUUUUAAUUAAUAAAAUGAUCAUAAGAUGGCAAUAAAAUAGAAACCUCAUAUUUGCAUAAACCCAUUAAUAAAUGUUCCCUGAAAACCGUACAUGAUGGUCUUCAAUGUCUCCCAUUCACUCCUCUUAUAAGAGAUCCUUUAUGUCACUUAAUCCUAAAGCCCCCACCACACUUGAUCCCCUAGCCAACCUUGCCACACACAUUAGCCUCAUUUUGUUUUGCACCAUUUCCUAGUGUGCUCGUGUGCCUUCCUUUUUUUUUUAAAAAAAAAAAAAAAACUUCAAGAAGAUUCUCUCCUCUCUUUGUUUCUCCCAUCAUGGCAUCAUCAGGGACAGGCACUGGCUCCCCUUGUGGAGCAUGCAAGUUUCUCCGGAGAAAAUGUGCGUCCGAUUGUAUUUUUGCGCCUUACUUUUGCUCUGAACAAGGGCCUGCUCGAUUUGCAGCCAUUCAUAAGGUUUUUGGUGCUAGUAAUGUAUCGAAGUUGUUGUUGCAUGUCCCGGUUGCUGAACGCUGUGAGGCGGUUGUCACUAUCGCCUAUGAAGCUCAAGCAAGGAUCAGAGACCCCGUUUAUGGAUGUGUUGCCCAUAUUUUUGCCUUGCAACAACAGGUUGCAUGUUUGCAAGCACAGUUGAUGCAAGUGAAGGCUCAACUAGCACAAAAUCUAAUCGAUUCACCACGCAUUAAUGCAGAGAAUAUUCACCAUCAGUGGCAAGGAAAUAACAUAUCUGGGGUGCCAUCAUUUCCAACUCAUCCAAAUUACAUCAAUCCAAUCUCUCCACAAAGCUCACUUGAUUCAGUUGACCUCAUCAGCAACAAUAUUGAUCGUGGGAUGAUGAAUAUGCAAGAUAUACAAAGCAGAGAGGAGUUUGCAUUCCAAUCUCGUGCAAAGGUCAAAAGGCCAUGCAAUAGCGACCUGGGUGAGCUUCAAGCACUGGCGCUUAGAAUGAUGAGGAACUGAUACUGAUUCAUCAUGGAUACCAUCAUGUUUCUCUAAUUUCGGCGUUAGCUCAUCGCAUGGAAGAUCAUGUAUAUAUACUGAGACGACCCUCUAAAGAUACUUCAGUUUUGAUCAUCAUAAGCCUAGUUAACAGAGGCAUUUCCCUUCUGUUCAAUCAGAACAAUAUCACUCACAUUGUAACAGCCUGGAAAUGAAAACUCUAUUAUCUGCUACCUCCCCCUGUCAAAAGCUACUGCUAAUAUUUAAUGUAGUCAUCUUGUGUUUUAUA